AUGGGUCAGAGUCAAUCAAACCAAUGGGUCAAAGUCCCUGACUUGGAAAAUUCCGCAGACAACACCAAGCCUACAGAGAGCACGAAGUCCCCGGGCAACAACAAGCCUACAGAAAACAACAAGUACACAGAGAACACUAAUCCCACAAACGAUAUCAUGCCCAAGGUUAUGGAGCCCAACAAUUUAGAUCCAAAAUACUCAUCUCUGGAAGCACAUCUGAAGCAAAUGUCCAAUGAUUUCGAUGUAUAUCAAAAGAGAUUGGAGAGCAUCACGGAGCACAUGUUUGUAAUUGAUGAACUCGUGGCAAAGAUUAACGAUCCCGUCAUGGAAGGAGUAUGCAGAUUCCACAAGGUCCGUGAUGAGAUGGAAUCUCUGGUAAACGAAGAUAACACUUCCCAAAAGCACCAGAAGCAGGUAGAGAUGCUCGAGAUUGCGAUUGUCACGUACCGGAAGAUGGUCAUUACGCCCCACUGGCUAAACAGGGUCCUGUCCAAUCUGAGUACCGAUAUGAGCAACUCGAAGUUUUAUCUUGAUAAGUCACAAAGACUUUAA